GAUGAUCGACUCAAAGUUUUCAUGGAGAGAAGUUUUUCCAAAAUGGUACUAAAUAAUUUAGGAAAAAUGUCUUUUUUUAAAGAGAUAACGGCUCAAUCUUCACAUGAUAGUUCUUUUCCGUUAACAGGAUUACUCCACCCGGGAGAUUACUUUUCUUGCGUAGGAAUAAGAACUAUGUGUUAUUCGGUGUAAACAACAUGGAGGACUCCGUUGCUAUCAGAACCGAAAUUUCAGAAAAUUAUAUGCUUUAAUGUGAAAGCAAAUGAGUGACACUCAUAAACUUUUUUAUCUAUUGCAUGUUUUAUCAUUUCUUGAUUAAUUAAAGUUCUCCACUUUACCCAUGACCAUGAAUAAGCAAAAUAUUGAAAAGAAAAGCAAGAAAAAUGUUAGCAUGAAAAAUGGUCCAAAAUUGUCAUUGGCUGAGGACCAACAAAAUGGUACAGAUAACAAUCAGGAGUACCUUGAAUUCGAUCCAGAUCUUUCAAAAGAUGUAGAAAUAUUUUUAACAAAGGAUAAUCGUGCUGUUUCAAGAGCAACAAUGUCUGCAAAAUCCAGAAAGACCAUUCAAAGUGGGCGGCUGUCCGAAAGCAGGGAAAAUAUUGUGAGAUCUAGAGGAAGACCGAUUAAGCCACAUGAGACAGAGCCUUUCCUUUCCAUAGACAACUUACCUCCAGAGAAAUCGUUUGUUUCAGAGAAAUCUACUCUCACAGAUAAUACAGUUCAUUCAAGAGCACCAAAACCAACACAGCAGAGUACAGAUGAAUCUCGCAGUCUUGAGGCCCAGCUACACAGAAUGUCGGCGUACAUGUCGCCAUAUCACCAGCAGACACCAGCUCCUCCCAGUCCAGUACAGUUUAGGUUGCAACAUGCUGUGUUAAAGGAAGAGACAUCUUCAGUUGACUCUGAACGCCCUAGUGUUGUGACAGGACACAUUUACACAAAAAACGCACAGGCACCCAAAGGACGGAGAACCAGCCCUCGGAAAAGUUCAGGAUCGAGACCCGGCUCGCAAUCUGCCCAAGUUCCUGUACAAAAUGAGCCUGAAAAUAUAUCACCCGUUGACAUAAGCAAACCUGUUACACCUACUAUAAAUGUAACAAAUUCUGGAAAUUUGUCUGGAGAGAAAAACAGUUUGAAUGGCUCAAACCCUGAUGUAUCAGAAACAAAGAAAUCAAAACUUUCUAGGCCAAGUUCAGCCCCUGCUGUACGUAAAACAUUAGAUGUUUCUGUGAAAAAAAGCAGGCCUGGGUCUGAAAAGUCGCGGUUAAUGUCAAGGUCAAAUACAGGUUCAGCAAGGUCAAGGGUUAGUAGUGCAGGGUCAAGGUCAGGGACUGCAUCGAGGGCUGUACACAAUGUGUUUGGUAUUAGAAGUAUGCAGUCACGGACAGGAAGGAUAACUCCGGCAAACACACCAUACCACUCUCCAAAUAAACAUUUGAGACCACCAAACCACCAUGUGAAGACUCCUUUCAAACAUACAGUAAACCAACCUGAGUUUGGUCUGGAUGGUCGACAGACCCCAUCUAUGGGAAUGAAGGAGAGAACAGCCCUAGCAGCGUUCCAUGUACACAAGAUGUUGUCUGUAGCAGGGGAGAAAGAUGUUCACAAAGUGUCUGGAAAACUUCAGAAAGGAAAGUUAAAGCCGCUAUACCCAGUGAAUGUUGAAGGCCCAAAAAUUGAUAAGUGUAGGGGUAUUGUCUCAGAAACAAGAUCAUACCAGCCAUCACCGAGUCGUACUUUGCAGCGACGUGUAAAUCUAAUAAACAAGAUACCAAAUGUACAUGAAUAUUUAUAUGAGCGACCAAGGACGGUAGAAUCAGUACAUCAGACAUCGGUAGCUUCCAGUAUAGAUGAGUUCUUUAAUAUGGAAGGUCCAGAUUCAAACAGGAGUCUACCAGAUGAGAUUUUAUAUAGUCAGGAGAAAUCCAUUCUGGAGCCAAAAACACCAGAAAAUACGUUCCUUCCGGAGCCAACACAAGAUGAAAUUACAGAUGGUUUUCAAACAAAGGCGGAUGUAACUCCAAGGAUGUUUGCAACAGAAGUCGGGACCAGGGAUGAGCAGGCAGUCACUGUUUCUGAUGUCACUGUCCCAAGUAAGGUACAGCAUGAGCUCCAUUUGAGCGAUUCAGGUGCUACAUUACAAGAAACUGAUGACAUAUUACCUGCAGACAGAAAUAACAGCAAUACCGUUGACACUGACAAAAAUGACACAAAUGGACCAAGUGGAAGUGUUGAGGAGAGGGCUCGUAUUGGAAGUCCAUCCAAAUCUGUACGGUUUGCUGAGCAGAGAGACAAACUAGUAGAAUCUCAAAGCAGCAAAGAAAUAAAACAAAUGGAGAACAUGAAUAUAGCAAGAGGUUUGAAUACUGUUAAUGACGAAGAUAUAGAUGAUAAUGUAAUUGAAACUGUAAGUAGAAAAAAUAAACAGAAUUCUAAAGGAUCAUGUAAAUCAGAGAAUAGUGAAAUUGCAGUUAAAAAAGAUGAUGAUGAAGAUGAUGAAGGUAAUUCUAAAGAUGACAAUAGAAAAAAUAAUGACAAUAUUAGAAGAGUUAAUUCUGGUGGAAAUGUAAAUCAUACUAAAGACAGCAGUGAUAAUAAAGAAAAUAUCUCUGGGAACAAUAAUGAAAGUGGACAGAAAAGACCAGUGUCUGGUUCACAAACAAGAUCUGAGUCUACUUUAGGAAAUAGUCAAAGGUCAAGGUCAAAAGGUGAAAGUAUUAAAAGUUCUGCAAGCAAUUCACAAGUACGCAAAACUGGUCCUAGCGUACCAGGCAAUACAAAAUCAGUAUCCAAAGGUGGCCAUUGCUCUAAAUUUGAGCAAUCCAAGGCUAGCAGAGCUCAUACACAUACCUUAGAAGUUUCAUCUGUUCUUCAUGGGCACUCAGUAACAACUGUUGUUGGACCUGAGAGUCCUAAAAGGGGUCGUAGUAGAUCAGCAAGUCCUAACAGAGGUAGAGACCAAACAUUCCAGUUUUUCUCACAAAAGUCUAGACCCUGUUUUGAGGAUCUGGAUGAUUUUAGUAGUCUCUAUGGUAACAGCCAGAGGUCAAGGGUCAAGUUCAUGUUAGAAGGUGAAGAACCAGAAGUGGAAACAAUCUUUAUGGAAAAUGAAGAUGAUGUUAAAGUAAAACCAGAUAAAGAAGUAACAUACGAUGUUUUGGAUACAGAAAUUGAAAUGCUAAGAUCAGCUAUACAAAACUCACUUAUAAGUAACAACGAAAUUCAAGAAGAGGUUGAAAUAGAGUGUAAAAAUGUGAGUGAAGAAGAAGCUGAAAGUGCUGAGGAAAGUGAGAGUGAGACUGUAGUCUUUGAAACAGAUACUGUAGAUACGUUAAGGGGAGAGUACUCUAAUAUUUUGGAAAAAUAUCGUCAACGUUGCAUGGAUAGAAGUGAAAGCUUUGGUGCUAUAAGUACAACACUAGUCACCCCAAGACAAACACAAAGUUUGACAUCUAGCAGGUCAAGGUCACUGGGUAAUGAAACACAUGAAAAUUUACCUGUAAACAGAAGCAGUCCUUUUAAAGAAAAACAACUUAAAAUAUUGGAUGAUACACAACCUCUCAAUACUACGAUGUUAAGUGACAGCGGACAUGGUUCAGUAGACAACUUGUCCGACUUAUCUCUCUCAACAAGUCAAGCAAGGUCAGAUGUUCCUAAAUUAGAUCUAGGGGGCAGCACUAGUGACCUUGGUCUUGGGUCAGGUCGUAGUGAUACAACGGUUACCACUGGAAAUGGAGAUGAAAAUGACAAAAAACAUAAAGAGGAGAAGACUCUGCUAGAACUGGUCUGUGAUCAGUUGUCGCCUAUAGAACAACGUCAAAAACCUGCAAAAAGACGGGAAAUAAUAAGACAGAUAAUGUUAAAACAUAGGCAACAGAGAGAAGAAGAUGUAUCCGAGUUGAAAGUUGUUGCUACUACUAAGUCGCUGUCUAAAAACAGCAAAAUGAAGAAUUCUGACUCGAGUGGAAUACAGGCACCUUUCCCUCCUGUGUGUUUUAAGAUCAAUGCUCGACCACCAAAAGGCUACCUCUACUAUUUUGCAUACGGACCAGACAUGAACCCUAACAGGUUUAGCAGUUAUAUACAAAGAAACGUACAAGACAGAUACUGGGGUCUUCUCUUUGGUUUCAACCUUGUAUUUAACAAAAGAGGUACAAGUGAGGAAGCAGGAGGAUUCUCUAACCUUGAGUUUAAUCCCCUCAGAUCUGUCGAGGGCUGUAUAUACAAGAUAACACCUCAGGAAUUACAAGUUCUCGACAAAUGUGUUGGUUAUCCUCAGCACUAUGAACAUCUUGUAUUACCAGUGUGGUUGUCAAACAGUUUUGACCCAGACAGUCAUGGUGUUGCACAGUACUGUGUACCUGCCCUAACAUACAUUGCACAGAAUAGAUGGACAGAAACAGAGAAACCAUUAAAUUGUGACUACGCAUUAUCCCAGUGCAUCAAGAGUGCUGACAUAGUUACCACGGCAUACAAAGAUUCUUUAGUUGCCAUGGCAACACAACAACAAGUGAUGGCUUCCGCUUAGUCACAAAUUUCAGUUAUUUGAUAUACAAUUUGGAUUUUGCUGUUUUGCUCAAUAGCUUAUUUCAAGUUAAUCAAUUUAGGAUGGCCAGUUGCUUCACACAUGUAAUCAACAUGUUUGCUUAAAUUUUUGUUACUGUGUACUUGUGACGAAAAAAAUUUAAUAUAAGAAAUCUUGUCUGUGCAGCUAGAUGCUGGUGCAGGUUAGAUAGCAGUAUCGAGAAGUUGAUUAUCUACUGGAAUAAGACUGAAAUCUUUCUGUAUGAUGGAUGGAUGAAAGUCAUUUGAUGUGAUAAAAGCGUCAAUUUUGCUUGUUUAUUUUGAGCGUCAUUUACAGGAAAUAUAAUUUAGACAACUUCCAAUUUUGUUAUUCCCCCGAAGGGAGGCAUAUAGUUUUUUAACCGUCUGUCUGUCUGUCGAUCUGUCAGUCUGUCGGUCUGUCCGCAUUUUUCGUGUCCGGUCCAUACCUUUGUCAUCGAUGGAUGGAUUUUCAAAUAACUUGGCAUGAAUGUGUACCACAGUAAGACAACGUGUCGUGUGCAAGACCCAGGUCCGUAGCUCAAAGGUCAAGGUCACACUUAGACAUUAAAGGAUAGUGCAUUGAUGGGCGUGUCCGGUCCAUAUCUUUGUCAUCGAUGGAUGGAUUUUCAAAUAACUUGGCAUGAAUGUGUACCACAGUAAGACAACGUGUCAUGCGCAAGACCUAGGUCCGUAGCUCAAAGGUCAAGGUCACACUUAGACAUUAAAGGAUAGUGCAUUGAUGGGCGUGUCCGGUCCAUAUCUUUGUCAUAGAUGGAUGGAUUUUCAAAUAACUUGGCAUGAAUGUGUACCACAUUAAGACGACGUGUCGCGCGCAAGACCCAGGUCCGUAGCUCAAAGGUCAAGGUCACACUUAGACGUUAAAGGUCAUUUUUCAUGAUAGUGCAUUGAUGGGCGUGUCCAGUCCAUGUCUUUGUCAUUCAUGCAUGGAUUUUAAAAUAACUACGCAUGAAUGUGUGACACAGUAAGACGACGUGUCGCGCGCAAGACCCAGGUCCGUAGGUCAAAGGUCCUAAACUCUAACAUCGGCCAUAACUAUUCAUUUGAAGUGCCAUCGGGGGCAUGUGUCAUCCUAUGGAGACAGCUCUUUUUUAAUAUGCUUAAGGCUGCAUUAAAAUAAAGCAUCUAGAUGUUGGUUAUAACACGAUUAUUGUUUGUUGUAAUAUGCAAGUUGUAGCAGUGUUGUGCUGGCAGUUAUGACCUUAAGUAUAGAUGUUUAUCAGCGUAUGUUUAUGUUAAUAUGUUGUAUUAAACAGUUAAGUUGAUUUUUCAUAACGUGACUGUUUAAGGCAUUUACAUGAUUCCAGUUUAUGAGUUUUAAUGAUACUUCUGUAGCUAUAGCUUUGCCUAAAAUAGUUAUAUCUCAACAGCGACAGCUCUGAAAUAAAUGUCAUUAGUAGUUACUGCUUACAGUGUAUUACAAUUGCCACUUCUGGUAUAUCCUGUGACAAAGUGUAUUGAAAGUUUUGUUUUGUACUUUAUAAGUGGUGUUCUUCACGACUGUAAGUUACAAUAAAUGUCAGUCAAAAGUAGAUUGUUCCCUGUUUCAGUUGUUUUGCAAGGUCUCAAGGCUCAGUAGUUUUUGACAUUUGACCGGCAAGCCAUUCAGUAAAUGUUUUAUUACAUCACAUCAGUAGUAAAAUUUUUUAUGUUUUGUACUUCAUGGUUUGACUUCAACCGAGCAAAUUUAGUGUUGAACUUUAGACCAGUCAAUAGUACGAUCUAUUGACCAGAGAUUCGAGGAGUCGUAUAUUAAUUGAUACUGUAACUAUUGUACAUUAACUAUCUGCUGACAGUUUUUAGCUCACCUGUCACAAGUGACAAGGUGAGCUUUUGUGGUCGCGCAGCGUCCGGCGUCUAUGUGUCUGUCCGUGCGUAAACUUUUGCUUGUGACAUCUCUAGAGGUCACAUUUUUCAUGGGAUCUUUAUGAAAGUUGGUCAGAAUGUUCACCUUGAUGAUAUCUAGGUCAAGUUCGAAACUGGGUCACGUGCGGUCAAAAACUAGGUCAGUAGGUCGAAAAAUAGAAAAACCUUGUGACCUCUCUAGAGGCCAUAUUUUUCACAAGAUCUUCAUGAAAAUUGGUCAGAAUGUUCACCUUGAUAAUAUCUAGGUCAAGUUCGAAACUGGGUCACGUGCGGUCAAAAACUAGGUCAGUAGGUCUAAAAAUAGAAAAAGCUUGUGACCUCUCUAGAGGCCAUAUUUUUCAUGGGAUCUGUAUGAAAGUUGGUCCGAAUGUUCAUCUUGAUGAUAUCUAGGUCAAGUUCGAAACUGGGUCAGCUGCGGUCAAAAACUAGGUCAUUAGGUCUAAAAAUAGAAAAACCUUGUGACCUCUCUAGAGGUCAUACUUUUGAAUGGAUCUUCAUGAAAAUUGGUCAGAAUGUUCACCUUGAUGAUAUCUAGGUCAAGUUUGAAACUGGGUCACAUGCCAUCAGUAACUAGGUCAGUAGGUCAAAUAAUAAAAAAACCUUGUGACCUCUCUAAAGGCCAUAUUUUUCAUGGGAACUGUAUGAAGGUUGGUCUGAAUGUUCAUCUUGAUGAUAUCUAGGCCAGGUUCGAAACUGGGUCAACCGUGGUUAAAAACUAGGUCAGUAGGUCUAAAAAUAGAAAAACCUUGUGACCUCUCUAGAGGCCAUAUUUUUCACAAGAUCUUCAUGAAAAUUGGUCAGAAUGUUCACCUUGAUGAUAUCUAGGUCAAGUUCAAAACUGGGUCAUGUGCCGUCAAAAACUAGGUCAGUAGGUCAAAUAAUAGAAAAACCUUGUGACCUUUCUAGAGGCCAUAUUUUUCAUGGGAUCUGUAUGAAAGUUGGUCUUAAUGUUCAUCUUGAUGAUAUCUAGAUCAGUUUCGAAACUGGGUCAGCUGCGGUCAAAAACUAGGUCAUUAGGUCUAAAAAUAGAAAAACCUUGUGACCUCUCUAGAGGCCAUACUUUUGAAUGGAUCUUCAUGAAAAUUGGUCAGAAUGUUCACCUUGAUGAUAUCUAGGUCAAGUUUGAAACUGGGUCACGUGCCGUCAGUAACUAGGUCAGUAGGUCAAAUAAUGAAAAAACCUUGUGACCUUGAUUGUACAUAGAAAAAUCUUUAAAAUUUUCUAAAAAUAAACCAGAAGGCCUAGAGCUUAGAUAUUUGACAUGUAGCAUUGCCUAGUGGACCUCUACAAAAUGUGUUCAAAUCAUGACCCCUGGGGUCAAAAUUGACCCCGCCCCAGGGGUUACUUGAUUGUACAUAGGGAAAUCUUCAUAAAUUUGCUAAAAAUAAACCAGAAGGCCUAGAUCUUAGAUAUUUGACAUGUAGCAUUGCCUUGUAGACUUCUACCAACUUUGUUCAAAUCAUGACCCCCAGGGUCAAAUUGACUCUGCCCCAGGGGUCACUUGAUUUUACAUAGGAAAGUCUUCAAAAAACUUCUAAAAAUAAACCAGAAGGCCUAGAUCUUAGAUAUUUGACAUGUAGCAUUGCCUAAUGGACCUCUACAAAAUUUGUUCAAAUCUUGACCCCACAGGGUCAAAUUGACACAGGCCCAGGGGUUACUUGAUUGUACAUGAAAUCUUCAUAAAUUUGCUAAAAAUAAACCAGAAGGCCUAGAUCUUAGAUAUUUGAUAUGUAACAUUGCCUAGUAGACUUCUACAAACUUUGUUCAAAUUAUGACCCCCGGGGUAAAAUUGACCCCGUCCCAGGGGUUACUUGAUUGUACAUUGGAAAAUCUUCCAAAAAGUUUCUAAAAAUGAUCAGUUUGACAUUUGAAACAUGUAGCUCAUAUUACUCUGGUGAGCGAUCCUGGGUCAUCAUGACCCUCUUGUUACUAUUGUUGCUGUAGAUAUAACAUUAAUAGUACUAUAUUUACAUUGUUCUGUGAUCUCUGUAUUACUGCUGUUUCCAGAAUGUUGUCCUCAAUAUAUAUUUGUGAUUUUUCUUUUUGUUUUAUAUAGUUUUAUAUUUACAUACUUAAAUGUUCUGUGAUAAUCCACUGAGAUAUUUUAUAUACACUGCAACAAGAGGAAUAAACUUCAUGAAAAAGAUAUAUCAUAAUGACUUCUCCUAAAGCUGAAACCAUUACCAGUUUUAGAAAGUUUAGUGCAUUUGAAUGUUUUAAUAAGUGUUAGAAACUGCUUAAAAAAUUUGGUGUAUCGUGCAUUCAGGUGGAAGUUUUCAAAAGUUAGAAAUUUAUUUUAAAAGUUUGUUUGCAUUAUUCAUUCUUGUAGUUACAAGUUUUGAAUUUUUAUGAUAAUAAUCCAGAAUUGUGACAUUGCACAGAUAGGCUGGAAAUUCUGGGAAAUAAUUUGAAUAUUGAGAAUUGCAAAUUAAACAGGAAAGCUCAUAAAAUCAUCUUUAAAUCUGGGAAAAUGAAACAAAAUCAGAAGGCAAAAAAUGGGAAUUCGAGAAACUGAGAAGUUUUAGAAAAAAAUUAGGAAAUGCUUCAUAUUGAAGGCAUUAAUUUGUCAGAAAUAGAAAUGAAGUGCAAUUUUCCCUAAAAAAUAACCACUAAGACGAAUAUGAUUCAAACUUAAGGCAUUAUUUUAUUCAGGUACUGAAAUUUUUUGCAAAGGGUUCAUUCUUCAGCAAACAGAAGUUAACUUCCAUUUUUUACUAGUUUUUGGAUACACUGUAGUGAUGCACAAUAUUACAUUAGCAAUAUUUGUUGUUUGAAUUUUAUACAUUGUGAAAAAUAAAAUCAGUAUUAAAGUCUUA